UUGAUCUACUUUUGAAUACCUGGAGUACAGAAGUUUCUCCCUCUGUUUUGAGGAGGAAGAGGGGGAGAAAGAAAGAGAGUGAGCGAGAGAGAGAGAGACUUGGCAAGCAGAGAGAGCAAGAGGCAAAAGACGACAGGCAAAAUUCAAAGGGGGGAGGAGGGAGAACUCGCUGGCAUAAUCUGUACACGGAGCCACCCAGACUCUUCGCUUCCCUUGUCGUAACUGUGCUGUUACCCAGAACCAAGCGCGGAUGAUCUUGAUUUGCACUGAUGCACUUGAAGAAGGGACGCUGAAGAACUGCCGCAGAGCUCGGCGUGGCGAAGCCCUGUUUUCUUUAAACAAAUGAGUCACAGCUCUUCUCUGAUUAUUUCCAUCCCCCCAGAUCAACUGCUCUAUCAAAGUGAAAAACAGUGGGUCGAUGGUGCGCAAUUAAAUCAAGCAAGUGGGAAUUUUUUAUUGAAAUGCGCAUUGCCUUUCUUCAGUUAUGGUGUCCAAUGCCAAGCAUAGCCCGAUACCCAUCUGAGAGAGAGAUCGAGACUUCGGCUUUGUGAGAACAAGUUGGGAGGACAUUAUUAUCCAGUUUUUAAAUAAACACCUUUCACGGCUUCUGGACAAAAACACUUUUUUCAAAGAAACGAAAAGGAAUUGCCGAAUAACAAAAAGAUACUGAUAAACGGAGAGCAACAACCGUGCGCUCCCUGGAGGGGCAUUCCAGUUGCAAACCCUACUAAUUUGCGGAGAGAAGUUUUGGAGAUGGAUGUAGCAGCGGAUCAAACUCGGUGGAUGGCGCAUCACCAUGCUGUACUGAGCGGCCAGCACCCAGACUCGCACCACCCUGGCUUGACACACAACUACAUGGAUUCAACUACACAGCUUCUGCCGCCGGAUGAAGUGGACGUUUUCUUUAAUCAUCUGGAUUCGCAGGGAAACCCCUACUACCAUAAUCCCGCUCAUGCUCGGGCCCGAGUUUCUUACAGCCAAGCGCACGCUCGCCUCACAGGGGGUCAAGUCUGCCGGCCGCACCUUAUCCAUAGCCCAGGUAUCCCCUGGCUGGACAGCGGCAAAGCAGCCCUCUCCGCGGCUCACCACCCCAACGCAUGGGCAGUUAGUCACUUCAGCAAGCCCGGGCUGCAUCCCGGGGGCUCCGGAGCUCCAGGCGGCCUGUCCGCUGUCUACUCCUGCAGCAGUACUUCAAGCACUGCAUCGGCGUCUUCGCUUACCCCGGCGUCCCACUCCAGCCCACAUCUUUACAGCUUCCCUCCUACCCCUCCAAAGGAUGUGUCUCCGGAUCCUGGGGCCGCGUCCCCUUCCUCUUCAUCAAACAGAAUGGACGAAAAAGAGUCCAUCAAGUAUGUGUCGCUUGCGGAUGGCAUGAAGAUGGAAGGAUCCAGUCCGCUCCGAAGCAGCCUGGCGUCAAUGGGUGGCCAGACCCCAUCAACACACCAUCCCAUCCCGACCUACCCUGCUUAUUCGCUCCCGACGGCGCAUGACUACGGUGGCAGCCUGUUCCACCCUGGUAGUCUUCUCGGAGGAUCGUCGUCCAGCUUCACUCCAAAGUGCAAAAGCAAAACCCGCUCCUGCUCAGCAUGCUGCUCAGAGGGACGAGAAUGUGUCAACUGCGGGGCCACCUCCACCCCCCUGUGGCGGCGGGACGGUACCGGGCACUACCUCUGCAAUGCCUGCGGCCUCUACCACAAGAUGAACGGCCAAAACCGACCCCUCAUCAAGCCCAAACGCAGACUGUCUGCUGCGAGACGAGCGGGCACCUGCUGCGCUAACUGCCAGACAACUACGACUACUCUCUGGCGACGCAAUGCAAAUGGCGAUCCAGUGUGCAACGCCUGCGGGCUUUACUACAAACUGCACAACGUGAAUCGACCUCUCACCAUGAAGAAAGAGGGCAUUCAGACACGUAACCGCAAGAUGUCCAACAAGUCCAAGAAGAGUAAGAAGGGUGGUGAGGGCUACGAGGAGCUCUCCAAGUGCAUGCACGACAAGGCCUCGCCCUUCAGCGCCGCCGCGCUGGCUGGUCACAUGACACACAUGGGUCACCUGCCACCUUUCGGCCACUCCGGACACAUGCUGCCCACCCCCACCCCCAUCCACCCGUCCUUCGGCCACCCUCACCACUCCAGCAUGGUCACUGCCAUGGGCUGAGCCUAUAGCUCCCCCUAAACCUCCCUGCUGCGCCGAGUAGCCCAUAUCCUCCCCUUCAGCUACAGGAGGGGCACAGGAGUGUGAGCAAGCACGUGAGUGAGUGAGAGCGAUAGAGAGAGUGAGCGAGUGCAUGUGGCUGCGAAGUGGAGAGCAGCGAGCUUUGUUUUCCUAUAUUUUUUUAUCGGGGGGAAAGCAGUGUGAUUUGGAAUUUUAAGAAGGUACAGAAUCUGGCUUGAUAAAGCAAAGAGGGAGAUAGUGAAAUUCAAGAGACUCGUUGAAUUUUUUUUCUCUCUGUACUAUAAGGAUGAGGGGGAUAACAGGAGCUGUGGAAACAAUUGGGGCUCUUUACCCUCACUGUAAGGGCCACCUGGAGAAUUCAGGGUGCAAAUAUUAGACUAUAUUAUUAUUUUUUGUCACUUGGUACCUCCUCAGAUGAGCGGCGCUCAAAAGAUCAGUAGGGGUUACUGUCGCCCACCAAACUCCCAUCAUGUGAUGUCAUCCAUCCAUUGAAGCACUGCCCCUCCCCCCUCCUUGUGAGCCCUGCCCUUUCACUGCCCCCCUCCCUCAUCUCUCCACCGCCACCACCACCAGGCCCUGAAGCAGAGGGUGGGCACGUCUGUAGAAACUGUGAAUAUUGUAAAUGUCUUAGAUACAAGAGGUGGAUCUGCCGGGAGAGACUGAGCGAUUCCCUCCGCAUUGUUAAAUAUAUGCUGGAUUACUGAUUAUGGACUUCUCCUAUUUUUAAAGGACUUUACGGAAAAAAAUAAGCAACAAAAAAGUUUAUAAACCCUAAUUUGAAAACAGUUUAUUAUUAUUGUUGUUAUUAUUAUUAUUGUUAUUGUUAUUAUUAUAAUUCGGAUAAUUUAUUUUCUUUCUGCAUUUUAUUUCUUUUCCUCUAAACAUAUGGCUAUUGUUAUCGUCAUCAUUUCUAUUAUUAAUAGUAAUUCAAGCAAACACUGACUUAUUAGCCAAGGUGCUUUCCCUGAGCUGUAAAACAUGACUUUUGAUCUGAAAAUGUUUCCUCUGCAAAAAAAUAAAUAAAGAGAUCCAUUUUUGAUACUAUAUAUCCGCUCCAUCAUUAGACUCCUAAAUGAAAAGCUACUAGAAAAGAAGCUUUGUUUAUGAAUGUCUUUUAUGUGAAAUCUGAGGCUUUUGAUGGACUGCAGGUCUCUGGCACAGAGAUCCUCAUGGACCUUUCCGGAAGGCUAUCUCUGCUUCACAUCACUUUGGCACUGCGCUGUAGUGUGCACACGCCUGUAUUUCGCUAUUCUCUGUGUUGUCAACUUUACAGCUUUUUUCUAAAAAAUAAAAAUUAAAAAAAGGCCGGCUUCUACCUGCUUGUUGAAGUAAAUAUAACCUGACAAUCUAGAAACAAUUGCAUACUGAUAAUAAAGAAACUGUACGUGAAA